GUUAUGGCCCAUAUUUCGGCACCUACAUACACAUACCUAGUCCUGCACAUAUAUACCCAGUAUUCUUUUUGGUCUUAGGUCUACUGCAUCCUAGCGUAACAGGAACUGAGUAGCCGCGCCGCUUCCCGUAGAAGGCAUACAUCUUCAGGCACACCUAUAGCUAUUUCGUACAUAUAACGAUAGCAUAACUUCUUCAGCGAAGGACUUUUAAUAGCAAAGCAGAAAAAUAUGGAUGGCCCUCCCCGUUCCGUAUCCUUUGAAGAGGACGUCUGCUGGGUUUGCUUAGAGGGCGCUAGUCGUUCUGCUGGACGACUUGAGUAUCCAUGCACAUGCCCUCGUGGCGUGCACGCCAAGUGCCUUGCGCGAUGGCAGUUGCAAUCGGCUGGCAGGGAAGAGGAACGGUUUUGUCGCUUUUGCAAAAACGAGCUUCCUGACUGGAGAGACAUCCUAACGCCCAAGGUGCCCGCAGCGCCACCCGUCAUGGCCAUUGUAUAUGACGGCAAGGUUGUUCGGUUGCAAGUCAAGCCGGGUCGCGAGGGAAUGGAGGAGUUCCAGCGCCAAGUGCGCAAGGCCUUCAACCUCGGAGAGGAUGUGGAGCUGGACUGUGUGUUCGAUUGCAGGGCUCCAGGGACCGGUGAGAAGAUCAAGCUACGAGGACUAGAGUCUUACUCUGCUGCUAUGCACUGUGCGGCUGUGGCAGCCGGGGAGCGCCUAGCAAAGAUGAAGCCCGGGAGCAGCACCCCCAGCCGACCCAUGGGUCCCUCGGCCUCUAGUUCCUCCGCACCCGCUGCCGCUGCAGCUGCCGCCGCAGCAGCAGCUGCUGCCGCUCCCGUCCCACUCAGCCUCCCAACCGUCAGCUCGCAACCCGCGACUCCUCGACUUCUCUCCAGUUCCACCGCAGCUGCCGACGCUUGCCCUUCCACUCCCUCAUCCUCCGCUUCGUCACCCCGGGGCACCCCCGUCGCCCCUGCUUCCCGCCAGCUACCUCACAUCCACCACCCCCAGCAGCAGCACCACCAGCAAAUCCACCAAGCCCUGGAGGCGCAUGCUCGGGCCACCUGCGUCCGUUCCAGCCCUCGUUCGCAUCGCGCGAGUCUUGGCGGCAUUGGUGCGGCAGGCGACAUUACGCCAUGCGCUAGCGACGACAGCCUAAUGGGUGUUGCUGGUGACGUUACGCCGGUUGCUUCCCCCGGGGGGCUUGCAGGCGGCAGUGGUCGGAAACGGAGCCUUCUGUCGGGCCUGUUUAGGACCCUGACCUCGGCUCGUCGGAUCAUGUGAGGGAGAUUGCUGGUAGAGAGCUUUCUGUCGUUCCUUUGUUUGGUCAACGGGGGAAACUUUGGCGUACGGCAGUACGGGUAGGGACAUGUACGGUGUACGGCAAAGAAUUGCCGUACCUUCGGGGGUCGUGAGGGAAGAAGGUAAGGACUAGAAAUAUGGUGAAGUGUAGUGUGUCGGAUAUGGAUAAUGGAGUCUAGUGACAAGAGUACUUACUGGUGACAUUAAUAGCGUGCCAUGGUCUAGGAUGAAGAGUGCGUUGGUCAAUGGAAAUGUUGGUUACGUGCCGGUUGCAAACAGUUGUGCAGAAAGCGAGAGGUUGGAUGGAGCCGCCGCACAUUCAGCUUAAAGGGACUGCUAAGGAAUUGCCGUUGUUGUGUCAUAAGGUAUAUACUGACUUGGGAAGACCUAGAUUUUCAUCCCGGUAAGUACGGCAAUAUAGUCGUACAUAGGGGUGUGGUACGACAUGUAUCGUAUGGUACGUGGAUCGUGUAUAGAACUGUGAAGUGGAUAUAGAGCAUACCUGUGGGAUAGCUGCUGCACUAGCGUAGAACCAUACGCCGCCUACUUUGAUAAGGAUUGCAUUACCUAUAAUAGCGUUGUGAGGGAGGAGCGUGUUUAAUAGUUUAUCUUAGGCUUUGACCGGUUAGAAACGCAAAGACCGCAGGAGAAGCGUGGGGAACAGGAAAAUGUGCGCAGUUUGGUAUCGCAGUGACCUAGCUUCAUUCCCCGCUUUACUUUCCUUGCGUCGUUUAUUUUUAAGUUGUUACGAAGGGCACGCAGGUAUGCCUGAUUAGGCACGCCUGUGUGCAGGGCUUCCCCUUUUCCGGCAUCUGUGUCUGUCUGAUGUCUCCUGUUUAGGCAUUUCAGCAUAGCAGGGAGCCACCCUCCCUGCCGUCAUCGACGCAUGCAUGAGUGUAUGGUAUGGCCUGACGGCCCUUACCUAGUAUUUGACCGAAGAAGAAACGUUGGAUAGUUGUUAGCGGGAGUCAGGGGGCUGCUGCGCCUUCCCUCUUCCUCGUGUAUUAGCUACCGCACGAGUAACAAGCCCUGACUGCCCCGACGGUUGACUGUUGUGGUAUUAUCUCGUUUCAAGUUGCUUAAGGGUUGUGGGUUAAAAUUGCCGAUCUUACCGUAUAUUGUCUUCUACGUUUGGAAAACGAGGUUAGCCCCACAGCUUGUAUGUCCUCGCCGUGAUGGGGCAACUUUUGCCGAGAAGUUGUAACAAGAUGUUGAUGGA